AUGAGCAAUGCGUUCAAUACAGCCUGGACACCACAAAUAGUAGACUUACUAAGACAAAAAAAUAUACCACGAAAUAUCGCUAAACUAUGCACCGACUUUCUUGGGCACAGACACAUACGAACCGAAAACAUAGAGACCGACACACAGAGAGGGUGCCCACAAGGCUCCAGCCUCGGACCAGCUCUAUGGAAUCUAAUUAUGGAGGACUGGUUCAGACACCUAGACGAGACAGGAGGACUAGACGUAGAGGACAUGAUUCAAGCCUUUGCGGACGACCAAAUAAUCCUAUUGACGGGAACCUCAUUAAACGUUUUAGAGCAGAAAUGGAAUAAUAUUUGGGCCUCUUGCGCAAAAUGGGCUGAAAACCAGAAACUGACCUAUAAUAAAGACAAAACGGAAACUAUGUUCAUACCCUACAAAAAAACGAGACAACCGAGACUAAAAAUUGACGGACAUACAGUACAAAUCAAGGACAACAUAGAAUACUUAGGAGUGACAAUUGACACAGGACUACUAUUCCUAGAUCACAUCAAAAAAAUUAGGCAAAAAACCUCCGACAUAGCGAGUAAACUGAUAGCAGUCACGGGAAGAAAAUGGGGACGAAAACCAAUAAUACUUCGGUACAUAUACGAACAUGCAAUAAAACCCAUGGUACUUUACGCCUCAGAAAUAUGGGGACAUAGAUACAAAGACUCCAGAAUAAUUAAACAAUUAAGAGCAACAGAAAGACCUCACAUACUAGCUAUAACAAAAGCAUACAGGACAACACCCACCUCGGCCUUGCAUGUGCUUGCGGGGGUAACCCCACUACAGGCGGACGCUGGGGCGAGAUGGGAAACGUACACAAGACGAAAGCCGCUACUAAACACACUGCAUACCUACACAAUAGACAAACCACACCCGACUAGAAGACCACUACACCUACGUUUAACAGAUGAGACACAAGAAGAAAAAACUACACAACUGCACAUAUACACUGACGCUAGCAAAAAUGAUGAGACAAAACUGACAAAAAAUAUACAAGACCUUGAACAAACAGGAAGAAGGAUUACGAUACAAUACACAAACAGACAACAUCACGGAAUGAAAAUAGCAGAUAGGUUAGCGAAAGAUGCGCACGAACAACCGGAACAGACUACAGAACUUUUCACCAAAAACAUGUACAAACAAGAACGACAUACCCGUGCAAUGAGACAUUGGCAACAGCUAUGGGACAACGAAUCAACAGGACGCAAAACCUACGAAUGGAUAAAACAUACAAAACAUAAACACGCAGACCUAAACUGGAAAGCAAUACAAAUACUUACCGGACACGGACAUAUCCAAACCUAUUACGAGCGCUUCAAAUUACGGGAAACAGACGGGAACUGCAAACAUUGUCAAACGCCGGAGACCAUACAACACGUAAGAAAUGACUGCACAGAACACAACAGAUUGCAAGCCAGAACCCUACUUACAAGAAGACUCAGGACAUUUAAUAUUCAAUACCCGCCCACAGACAUAGAAAUACAUAACAAGAUGAUCGCAGAAUGGCUAAAUGAAUGGGCGCAACAGACCAUUUAUGACGAUGACUAA